AUGCCGGAGGAGCUACUGGUGGGGUUACCCCCUGAACAACCAAUAGGACAUAAGAUUGAGCUAGUCGAGGGUGCUAAGGCAGUGGUUUGUCCCCCCUAUUGGUUGAACGAAAAGGACCUUAAGAAGCUCAAACGCCAACUUGAGGAGUUGGUGGAAAAAGGGUAUGUUAGGUUGAGCAAGUCACUGUAUGGUGCACUAGUGUUAUUUGUGAAAAAGAAAAAUGGAUCUAUGCCUCCCCUAUUGGUGUUACCAGACUUUGGUAAGGAUUUUGAGGAAGAAACGGAUGCUUUAGAUUUUGCAUUGGGCAUAGUGUUGAAGCAAAACAACCAUCUAGUAGCAUUCUUCUCGAAGAAGUUGGCCAAGGUUUAG